UAUAGAUUUUUUCAGAAGUAAAUAAUGAUUUUUUAAUAAUUAGUUUUUAAAAAUAACUCAAAUGGAUUUAAGACAACCAGACGAUUCAAAAAACCUAUUUGGCCCCUUGGUUUUUGAGGAAAGCCAGUACAGUGACUUCCAAAGCGAUGUAGAAACACAGUGUUUACUCUGUGAGGAUCGUUUCAAUCUCAAACUGUCUUUACCGAUGUUCCUUGCUCAUAUAUUCGAUGUUCAUAGUGUAGUAAUUGAAGAUGUGCAAAAUAUAGAUAAUUUACAUGAGUAUGUCUCUUACUGGCAUCAAAAAUUUCAAAAUAAUUCCUUAGAACAAAUUAUUCCAUCUCUUAGCUUAGAUUCGACAGGCCAAAAGUAUUAUCUAAUGUCAAGUUUAUUAAAAGAAGAUAAAGAAUUAAGACACAAACUAAAAUUGAAUUAUGCAAUAAAAAUUCAGGAAUAUGAAAGAAAUAAUAAAAACUUUAGUAGGUCUUGCUUGAUGUGUAAACUAGAAUAUGAAGGACCAAGACCUGGUUAUUUUGAACACCUCUCCUCACAACAUAAUCUACAAUUAGGGAACCCUCAAAAUCUUGUGUUUGUUGAUGAACUAAUAAAUAAAAUUGAGAGCAAAAUGACAGCACUACAGUGUAUAUAUUGUGAAAGGACUUUUCCUGAUAGACAUGUUUUAAAAGAACACAUGAGAAAAAAGCUACACAAAAGGAUUAAUCCUAAAAAUGAGGAGUAUGAUAAGUACUAUAUUGUAAAUUACUUAGAGGAGAAUAAAACAUGGAAGACUAUUCAGAAGGAAAAUGAUAGAUAUGCAGUGAAUAAAGAAUCAGAAGCAAAUGCAGAUGAAGAGUAUUCAGAUUGGAAUGAGAAAGAAGAUUUAAUCACAUGUUUGUUCUGCAAAAGUAAAGAAACGGAUAUUAACGUGAUUUGUCUUCAUAUGGAGAGCGACCAUGAUUUUAGCUUUGUAGAUGUUACUAAAGAUCUUGAUUAUUAUCAGAAAGUAAAAUUAAUCAACUAUAUAAGAAAGCAGAUGCACCAAAACAAGUGUUUGUAUUGUGACAAGAAAUUUAAUAUUAUUUUAGAUUUACAAACGCAUUUAAGGGAAGAAAAUCAUUAUAAAAUUCCAGACUUGAAGAUUUUUGAUCAACCUGAGUUUUAUUUUCCCACAUAUGAAAAUGAUGCUUUCCUCUAUUUGAUCGAUGAUGUCGAAGACUGAAAGUGCAGAAAUAUAGCAAAUACGUGUAUUUAUAUCAAUUUAUUAUCAACUGUUUUUGUUAUUGAU